GUUGGACGUAAGGAAGGAAGAGGCAGGAAGGCGUUAGCUUCUCUCUCCAAGAUGGCGGCGACCAUAGACAACAGCAAUGCCGUUCAGGCGACAAAGAGGAAGCACCUCGGGAUCCCUGAAGCCGUGUUUGUGGAGGAUGUCGACUCUUUUUUGAAGCAGCCGGGCAACGAGACGGCGGACUCGGCGCUGAGGAAGCUGGACGAACAGUACCAGAAAUAUAAGUACAUGGAGCUCAACCUGUCGCAGAAGAAACUCAGGUUGAAAAGCCAGAUCCCACAAAUCACACAGACGCUAGAAAUCCUCCGACACAUGCAGAAGAAGAAGGAGACCACGGCGCCCAUGCAGACACACUUCAUGUUGGCCGACAACGUUUACUGCAAGGCCUCGGUGCCGCCCACCGACAAAGUCUGCCUAUGGCUCGGGGCGAACGUCAUGUUAGAGUACGACAUAGACGAAGCCCAGGCGCUGCUAGAGAAGAACCUGACCACGGCGUCUCGUAACCUGGAGACUCUCGAGGACGACCUGGACUUCCUGCGAGACCAGUUCACCACCACCGAAGUCAACAUGGCACGAGUCUACAACUGGGACGUGAAGAGACGGAGCAAAGAGAACAUCCUCAAAUUAGCAGACAAGUCUUAAUACCAUCACACACACACACACACGCACCUCUCUGCUCAGCAUCUUCUCCUUUAUCAAAUAAAGAAAGCAACCCAAGUCAUGUGUAUGUUUCACCCGGAGCUCGGCGGAUCAGAGGCGCGUUAGAAAUUAACGUGUCCUCUGUGAAGUGGACCUCUCUCCUCUGUUGAUUUGUUUAAAGUAUUUUUUCAAGUAAAAAAUAAGAAAAAACCUGAAGCAACACGGCCAUUUUUUGUAUUCUUUUUAAUGAUUUAAGUAUUCUGCUGUUUAUCUUUGGAAGAUUCUGAGUGAGGGUUCUCUCGCGUCGCCUUUUCUUUCCUCCUCACUGACCGGCAACAACGUUCACACAUACGAGACUUCUUUAGUUGUUGAAAGGCGGCGACUCGCCGUCUCACUCUGUAGAAUCAGGCUUGUAGGACGACAGAAGAAUACAGAAUCGGACCAGUCGGGCCUUUGUGACGGUGGUCUUGCUCCUCUUCAUCAUCCUCCUCCUCUUCCUCCUCGCCGCUCUUCUGUCUGUAUUUAUUUGUCUCUCACUGUACUCAUUAAACAAUGAAUGAAGUAAACGGAACAUUUGGGCAAAGAGACGA